AGUGCAGGUUUGGUCGUUUCUGUUGUAGAUCCACAACCUGGUGAGAGCAUUAUUGAUUGAUGUGCUGCUCCUGGAGGGAAGACCCUUUUCAUGGCAUCCCUUUUGAAUGGCCAAGUUAUUGAAGAGAGCAGACUUGCGUUGGAAUAGGAGAUCAGAAGAUUUGGAACAGCUUAAGGAUUUUCAAGAUGAACUUCUUGAUGCAGCUUCCAUGUUGGUAAAGCCUGGCGGAGUUCUGGUAUACAGUACAUGUUCAAUUGAUCCUGAAGAGAAUGAAGAGAGGGUGGUUGCAUUCCUUAUUAGACAUCCAAUCCUGCUGACAGAUAUGUACCACCACAUUUUGUCACAAAACGUGGUUUCUAUUUCUCUAACGCUGAGAAGCAUUCAGUUGAUGGAGCCUUUGCAGCUCGUCUUGUUCUAUCUUCUUAAAACAAAAUGUAUAAUUUCUUGAAGUUGCUUCCAGACACACCCAGUUCCUGGUAGAAAGUCCGUUUCACAGGCAACAUGCUCUCUCCUUUAUGAUUCCCUUAACAGAAACUCCCUUUACAAUUGGGGUGUGAUGAAAACCCUCUUAAACUUAUUGAGAAGACAGAUGACUGAGCAGCACAAGUGGAAAAAGGGUUAACAUGGGACAAACUAUGCUUUACAUGAAUGCAGAUCCUGUGAGUAUGCAAUAAUGGGAUCCAGAAUGAGAGUCGGACGUGAUCUGAUAUCCUAGAGCAUUUCAGAUUGAUAAACUCAGUUCCAAUCAAUUCCGACGAUAAGACACUGGAGCUGCUCCAGGACAACACCAGUUGGGAUCAUUGAUGGAUCAGAUCAGUGAACUAUUUAUGUUAUUGGUUUGUGUCUAUGCAAAAACCUAUAUAGUUUUACUGAUUUUGUGUAGUUUAAUGUAUUCUUUUAUAACCUUUGUAGCAUUUCCAUGACUGUGAUGCAAGUCUUCGUCGAACUAAUAUUGGACUCAUUUGAUUCUUUGUAUCCUGCAGAAGCUCAGCUUGGUAAAUGAAUUAGAAACUUCGGAUUUGUGAA